GAUUCAUUUUCCAGGAAAUUUCAAUAUUAAAUUUCCAGCAAAGAAUUUGUAAACAGAUUCAGAAACAUGGCAACCGGCGAUGAGAUGAUUAAGGUUGUUGGGGACAGAUACUGUGUCCCAUACACGAUGGAGCUUGUCGUGAAGAAGAAAUUGCAAUCGUUUUCGAAUUCGCACUACGAUGUCUUCGACACCACCGGAAACAUUCUGCUUCGAGUCGACUGCAGUGUCUGGAACUUGCAGCGGCGAAGGGUCGUGACGGAUCCCGCAGGCUUCCCCGUCGUCACUCUCCGCGAAAAGGGUACUGGAAAAUUGCAGCAACCAAUAUCGUGGAAACAGGAAUGGCAAAUUCAUGAAGGCGGAAACUCGGAUUCGAACAAUAUUCUCUUCAGUGUGAAGAAAUCGAGUGGUUUUCAUAUCAAAAGCAACCUCGACGUCUACUUAGGAAGCCGGUGCAAGAAAGGCACCGGCGAUUUCCGCGUGACCGGGAGUAUUGCUUCUCUUUCGAUCAAGGUUCGGAGAGGGAUUUCAGUCAUUGCUGAGGUUAGCCACAGCUACACAUGGGAAAGCUACAAGGGCAAAGAGAGUUUCAAAAUAAAAGUUUAUCCAGAGGUGGAUUAUGCCUUCAUUGUAGCUUUGCUGGUUAUUACGCACGAAAACGAAAAUGUAUAAUUUUU